GAAAGGGGAAGAAUGGGAGAAGAAGGCAACAACAUGGACAAAAGACUAAGUAGCAACCAAGAGGCUGAGGUGAGGAAGGGGCCAUGGACAAUGGAGGAAGACUUGAUCCUCAUAAACUACAUAGCCACUCAUGGUGAGGGAGUCUGGAACACUCUUGCUAGAUCUGCAGGUUUGAAGCGCACCGGGAAGAGUUGCCGUCUUCGUUGGCUGAACUACUUGAGGCCGGAUGUCCGGCGAGGGAAUAUAACCCCUGAGGAACAGUUUCUGAUCAUGGAACUCCAUGCUAGAUGGGGAAACAGGUGGUCAAAAAUUGCAAGGCAGCUGCCUGGCAGGACAGAUAAUGAAAUAAAGAACUACUGGAGGACAAGAAUCCAAAAGAAGAACAAGCAUGGGGACCCCAUGGACUACCAAAAUCCCAUGCACUCUGAUGGUGCUAGCACAAGCCAAACAAGUGGAUCCAUGCAAGAUGCAGCUACACCAACUUACACCAUUCCUCAGAUGGAUAAUCCUCAUGAUCCCUUCUAUGCACCUCCUUUCUCUAAUGAUUGCACUGAUAACUUCUGGGGUGUUGAGGAUUUCUGGGCCAUGCACUCAUUCCAUGGAGACUAAAUUUUUUAUUUUUUAUUUCUUUUUUAAAUUAUUAUUAUCAUCUUCAUCCUCAGUGAGGCAUGGAAGGUAUACCCAUGCUGCUGUUGUUGUUGUAAAGAAAAUUAUCACCUUAUAGUAUAUUAUAUUAUAUAAGCAUUAAGCUAUAUAUCCUAUAUAAUAUAUACAUAUGUAAGUGUGUUAGUUUGUAAUAAACAAGGGUAUAAUAUUGCCUCCAUGAAACACACCA